GGGAGUGGAAGUUAACUGAGAGAUAAGUGACACGGUAGCCUCUGAGUUUUGGUCAAACAUAUGGGUAUUGUCUAACAGCUGAGCACAAGAGUACUAAUCACCUGUUGGACGAAGAUCAGGUUUCUUGUUUUGGUGGCACCAUGAGUUGGAACUUCUUGACUAGCUUGCUUGAUGAGAUCUCCCACCAUUCCACUUUUGUGGGAAAGAUUUGGCUCACACUCCUCAUUAUCUUCCGAAUUGUUCUGACAGUGGUGGGCGGUGAGAAAAUCUAUCAAGAUGAACAGGAAAAGUUUGUAUGCAAUACUGCACAACCCGGUUGUAAUAAUGUAUGCUAUGAUGCAUUUGCCCCUCUAUCACACAUCCGAUUCUGGGUUUUUCAAAUCAUUAUGAUCACCGCACCGUCCAUUAUAUACCUCGGCUUUGCCAUGCACAAAAUUGCUCGAAUGGCUGAUGACGAAUACCGACCACGUAAGCACAAACUUUCUAUGGUUCAUCGAGGACUGAGUCGUGGCUAUGACGAGGCUGAUGAAGUUCCCAUGAUCUUGGAGGAGAUUGUGCCCUCUGAAAAGGAUAGUAAAGCGGUAGCUGCAGCCAAGUCUACUCCUGCAUCCAAUGCUACGUCUACGAAGCAUGACGGCCGUCGUCGCAUCAAGAAAGAUGGUCUUAUGAAGGUGUAUGUGCUACAGUUGAUCUCUCGUGUAGCGUUUGAGAUGGCCUUCCUUUUUGGCCAGUAUGUUUUGUAUGGUUUUGAAGUUGCGCCAUCCUACAUUUGCACCCAAAGCCCAUGCCCACACACCGUGGACUGCUUUGUCUCACGUCCCACUGAAAAGACCAUCUUCCUGGUCCUCAUGUAUGUUGUCAGUAUACUCUGCCUGGUGCUGACUGUGCUGGAAAUCCUUCAUCUGGCAAUUGGUGGUGUGAGGGACACUCUCCGUAGUCGAUCGGCUCGGAGGCUUCCCAUUCACAGGUCAUCCACUAUCUGUCACCGCCCUGCUAGUGCACCCCCGAGAUAUCAGGCUGUCCUGAAAAAGGAGUCCACUAGCAAGCUUAAGGCUGAGGUCCUGGGAGAGUCGGGACGGGAGUCAUUUGGUGAUGACAACACUGGUCGUGAUAUAGAGCGUCUACGGAGACACCUGAAAAUGGCACAGCGACAUCUGGAACAGGCCUACCACUCUGAGGAUGUAGGGGCUUCACAUAGCAGCGGUCCAGACUCUAACAGCGCUGCCGUUGAGCAAAACCGACUCAACCUAGCUCAGGAGAGCUAUGUCAGCUCUAAGGAAAAAGAGGGUCAUGCUUGAAGAGACUAAUGCCUUUCCAUCAAACAAACCAACUCCAGGCUGAGAUGCAAAUUUUGGUGGGCAGUCGUUGACAAGAUUUUGUGUGUUUUUCCUGUUCAUCUGGCAUUGAAUGGAUAAACUCAAAGCUCAGAAACAAAAAAUGGAGAGCAAUUAUUGACAAGAUUUUGUGUGCUCCUCUAAAUGCAUAUCAGAAGAAGUGUUACUUUGAGUAUUAAAACCAUAGCUAUGAAUAGAAAAUUUAGUACAACCACAUUUGCAGUUUUGUGCCAAGUCAUUUGUCACUCGGAUGUUCUGCACUUUUAUGUCUUUAUAAUUGCUUGAAAAAUAGUGAAAUGGCUUUGUUUUAUAAGUACACGUUGUUAACAAAGUUGAAAGCACAUUGUCAGUAAUUGUAAAAUGUAUUUCAUGUGUAUUUAUUCAUCUUUGUACUGAUCUCCAGUAGGGAAUAAUAAUAACUUUUAUUUUUGUAAACAAUAAACUCUUUAAAUAUU